CCAAACCUCAUUCUUACACUGACUCCUUUGAACCUUUCCCACACGUCCAUUUCGCACCUCGCACGUCACGCCUCGUCACUACACUCGUGGCACGCGUCAUUCGCGACGAUGGCGCUGACGAGUGCGGUGGCCAACGCCGCUGCUGCCGCCGCUGCUGCCGGCCAAGGCAAGAAAGCCGCGCAGGUGCAGCUGCAAGCCGAACUCAAUACUGACGAUGAAUGGAACAAGUUUUUGAAUCGAGAAGGAUUAUUAGUGGUGGAUGUGUAUUCGGCCUGGUGUGGACCCUGCAUCGGCAUGGUUGGCAACCUCAAGAAGAUCAAGGUAGAGAUAGGCGGAGACAACUUGCAUCUCGCAGUUGCAAAAUCAGACACAAUAGAACCUUUGAAACGGUUCAGGGAUCGCAGCGAGCCAACAUGGAUGUUCAUAGCGUCGGGUCAGCUAGUGAACGUGAUAUUUGGUGCGAACGCCCCGCUAAUUGCACGCACAAUCGAGCAGGAGCUCAAGAACGAAGAGCUCGUGAAGAAGGGAGAACUGCAGCGAGAAAAGAGAGCUCCGCAUGAACUUACUCCAAAGGAACAGGAAGUUGCAGAUGCCAAAGAGAAGAUCCUGCAAGAACGUCAAGCGAAAGAGGCAGCAGCAGUGGAGGCGGCGCGACUUGCUCGCCGCGAAGCGCGCGCAAAGCGCAUCGAGACGCACUUCCUCGACGUCUGUCCAGCGCUCAUGACGCCUCACGCGCAAAAACACAUUCGAAAGGUCUCAGACGCUUUGGAACCACACGGAGUAACAAUAGCAGACAAAUGUCCAAUGGUUCUGCCUAAGGAUGGAGUAAGACGUCUUGCAAUGGAAGAUCCCUCGUUAAACACAGAAACGUCCAUGACUGCUCUUGCAGAAAGACCGGCGCUGGCGUUACUGCUCAAAAAGAUGCCCGAGAAGGAGGGCGAUGUUAUUGAAAUAUGUCGCAGAGUUCUUUUCGGCGAUGGAGUGAAAGUCGAAGAAGGAGAAACGCCCAAGAAGACACUCGGAGAGGAAUUAGUCCAUGACUCGGUACCAGGGAUCAUAGUCCCUGUUGAUAGACACCAAAGAGCGGCUAUCCUAGAUCUCCUGUUUCCCAAGAUGGUAAGCACGGUGGUGGAACCACCUACUCCAGCCGAACCACCACACGUAGCCAUGGUCUUCGGCGCAUGGCAACGUCGUGCUGUUCUUGCCGCGGCUGCUUUGCCUAAAGUUGCUUCUCGAGUCUUAAGAUACGGAUUCUUCGCUGAUGCCAACGUUGCGGAGCCUAAGUUGCUGUGCAAGAACAUUAAUCAGUACGAGUCGAGGCCAGAGAAGGAUUAUGCAGAGACCAUAAUCCUAAUGGCAGCUGUCGGUCCGGCAGAACCAGGUAUGAUCGAUCCUACCGAAUCAAUCCCCGAUGGUCCACCCACGGAACUAAUGUUACUCGGUCCGCUGUACGUGAGCGACGAUUGUGUGAUUGGGAGCGAAGACUGCGCUAGACUGUUCCCGCCUGGAUAUAGCGAGCCCGAGCACAAGCCUAAACCGAAAGCUAAGAAAAAGAAAAAGAAGCGUCACGAGGCCAACAAAGAAGAGACGAUGGAAGAGAAUUCCGAGGCAACUGCUGCAGAAACCAUAGAUGCCAGUGUCGAGCAAGAGCCAGGGGAAGGGGAGGAAGGCGGGGAGGGGGACGCGGAGGGCGAGGGGGAAGAAGAAGGAGCAGAGGAGGAGGGCGAAGAGGCGCAAGGAGUGGAUAAAGCUACGUCACCGCCGCCGCUUACGCCACAUUGAUUUGCUUACAUUGACUUUUUGGAAUGAUUUUUUUUAUGCAAGAAAAUUCCUAUGUAGUUGAGCAACUUACGCAGUAAAAAGCGAUAGAGCUAUGAAUCAGAUAACAUUAUAAUUAUUAAUACAAAGAUAGAACACUCAGAAAAAAUUCCUUCGAUCCGGCCAGAUUCGAGCCGACGACUUCUAGCAUACCGUGCCAGACGCUAUACCAGCGCACCUCAUGACUUUUUCUGCGUGUUUGCGUCGUAUAUUUGUAUUUGGUUUUUCAACGACUUUUUAGCCGUAGUGCCAUCUAUGAAAAAUCUUAAGUAUUUCAUCACCCAGUUACCUUUA